AUGGUCAUUCUGGCUUACGUGAGGGACCGUCGCAUUCGGGCUAAUGUGGCCAGCUUAUUCAUCUUAAACCUGGCAAUUACGGAUCUCGUCGUAGGAACUUUCAUGUGGCCCAUAACCCUCGAAUGGCUGAUCAAAGAUGACUGGGUACAUGGCGAGAUCUUCUGCAAGGUGUGGUUAAUUGUGGAUUACACGAUGACUAUGGUGUCGGCUUUAACACUAGUGAUGAUCAGUUGGGACCGUUACUGUCUCUUGACGAUGGAGAUGCGUUACAGCACGUUUCAGACUAAGAAGCGAAUCGCCCUGAUUAUCCUCAACAUAGCUGUGUAUAGGAACAUCAGGCAGAGAUCUAAGGGCAUCGUAGGGCAGAGUCCCCAGGAUUUUCCUUUGACCAAAUCAACUGCAAGAAGUCUAGAAGACACAGACAACUCACAGGAUCCUGGACCAUCUUGUCCUCCAGGAGAGGGCGCUGUCAAGGAACAGGCAACCAGAGGAGCUUCAUCACUUCCUGCUGUUGAGACCGUGGAGGAAUAUAAUAGACCUCAACCAGAUGGCAACCUACCUAGCGGCAGUGAGGUACCCAAACAGAAGAAGACAGACAGGCAGAUAUUCGCAAGGCAUCGGAAAGCGGCUGUAGUUCUUGGCCUUCUCGUGGGUUUUUUCUUGAUAUGCUGGGUGCCCAUCCAAGUGACGAGCGUCAUGUUCGCAAUCUGUGGCCACAACUGUGUAUCAUACCUCAACUGGGAAGUCACAAAUGCCCUUGUAUGGAGCAACUCUAUGAUAAAUCCCUUUAUCUACGCAGCCACUAACAUACACUUUCGACGUAACUUUCGUCAUUUCUUGCUCCUCGAUAGAUGGGCUUGGAAAGUAACACCUAAAUAG